GGUCGGUUAUUAAAAAAUCCAAAUCCUUAAACCCUUUUGUUGCUUCAUCUUCUGAAACUCUCUCAUCAUCUUCUCUGAAACUAUGGCUUUCUCUUCGUGUCUCAAAUUCUAUCCAUUUUCUAUCUCUCAAGCUAAAACCCUAACUCAUUAUUCCUUCUCUCUCAAGCUAAAUCCUCCUUCUUCUACCAUCUCUUUCGCUUCUCCUAACUCAGCAGCUCUCUCCUCUUCCGAUGUCAAGCUUCUCGACUCACUCCGUAGCCAGGCUGAUGAUUCCGCCGCACUUCGUCUCUUUAAUUUGGCGUCUAAGCAGCCAAAUUUCUCACCUGAACCUGCUCUUUACGAGGAGAUUCUCCUCCGGUUAGGUCGGUCUGGUUCGUUUGAUGAUAUGAGGAAAAUUCUUGAAGAUAUGAAGAACUCAGGAUGCGAAAUGGGUACUUCUCCUUUCUUGAUAUUAAUCGAGAGUUAUGCUCAAUUCGAAUUGCAAGAUGAGAUUUUAGGUGUUGUUCAUUGGAUGAUUGACGAAUUCGGGUUAAAACCAGAUACCCAUUUUUAUAACCGGAUGCUGAAUCUUCUCGUUGAUGGGAAUAAUCUGAAACUUGUCGAGAUUGCUCACGCGAAGAUGAGUGUUUGGGGGAUUAAACCAGAUGUAUCUACGUUUAAUGUUUUGAUUAAAGCUUUGUGUAGAGCUCAUCAGCUUAGACCUGCGAUUUUGAUGUUGGAGGAUAUGCCUAGUUACGGUCUUGUUCCUGAUGAGAAGACAUUUACAACGAUUAUGCAAGGGUACAUUGAAGAAGGAGACUUGGAUGGAGCUUUGAGGAUUAGGGAACAGAUGGUUGAGUUUGGGUGUUCAUGGUCUAAUGUGAGUGUUAAUGUUAUUGUUCAUGGUUUCUGCAAGGAAGGGAGAGUUGAAGACGCUCUCAAUUUCAUUCAGGAGAUGUCUAAUGAAGGCGGGUUUUUCCCGGAUCAGUAUACGUUUAACACGUUAGUUAACGGUUUGUGUAAAGCAGGGCAUGUGAAGCAUGCUAUUGAGAUUAUGGAUGUGAUGCUUCAGGAAGGGCGAGUAGAAGAUGCGUCUCAGCUCAUGGAUCAAAUGAUUAUGGAAGGACAGAAACCUGACAAGUUCACAUACAACUCGCUUCUAACACAUUUCUGCAGAGGAGGUGACAUAAAGAAAGCUGCGGAUAUCGUGCAAGCCAUGACCUCAAACGGGUGUGAACCAGACAUUGUGACCUAUGGAACCUUGAUAAGCGGUUUGUGUAAAGCUGGUAGAGUUGAAGUCGCAAGUAAGCUUUUGAGGUCAAUUCAGAUGAAAGGGAUUGCUUUGACACCGCAUGCUUAUAACCCGGUGAUUCAAGGGUUGUUUAGAAAGAGGAAAACAACAGAAGCUAUUAAUUUGUUUAGAGAAAUGCUUGAACAGAAUGAAGCUGCACCAGAUGCAGUAUCUUACAGAAUCGUUUUCCGUGGGCUAUGUAAUGGAGGUGGACCAAUCCGUGAAGCAGUGGACUUUCUUGUUGAGCUGUUAGAGAAAGGGUUUGUGCCUGAGUUUUCUUCUUUGUACAUGUUGGCUGAAGGUCUUCUCACUUUGUCAAUGGAAGAGACACUAGUCAAGUUAGUUAACAUGGUGAUGCAGAAAGCUAGAUUCUCGGAGGAAGAGGUUUCAAUGGUGAAAGGUUUGCUUAAAAUCAGGAAAUUUCAGGACGCUUUGGCCACUCUUGGCGGUGUCUUGGACAGUCGUCAGCCGAGGAGAACUUACCGGUCAAGAUGAUACCUUUAGAAAAAAGUAUCAUUCCCAAUUUCGUAGAAGAUAUGUAUGAUGUUAUGAAUAUGAUUUCUAUAAAGUUUUGAAGUAAUU